AUGCAUAGAUUUGUUGCAGUUUUUGUUGGGUUGGUUUUAUUAUGCCAUUUGAUUACUCCCACAAAUUCACAAUCUUCCCCUACUCAUUCUCCUGCUGCUUCACCCUCGUCACUUCCUAAGAAAUCGCCGAUAUCUCCCGUGCAUUCCCCGGUGAUGUCUCCGGUAGAACAUUCUCCUGCGAAGUCUCCUUCUCAAUCAUCCCACAUUGUCUCGCCGCCGCCGUCUGAAUCAGCGAAGUCUCCUUCUCAAUCAUCCCACAUUGUCUCGCCGCCGCCGUCUGAAUCAGCGAAGUCUCCUUCUCAAUCGUCCCACAUUGUCUCGCCUCCGCCGUCUGAAUCACCUUCGUCCACUUUUUCAUCUCCGGUGAUUUCUCCGGCGGCUUCACCGUCCUUGUCGUCGAGUGUCUCUCCUCCAACACCAACUCCUGUCUCGUCUCCACCCGUGAUUGCCCCUGUUUCGCCGGUCUUUGGAAAUUCUCCUCCAGUUAGUUCUCCGGCAGAGGUUCCGGCUGUUGCAGAGUCUCCAGCGGAUGUACCAGCAAUUUCCGCGAGUCCGACCGAGAACAUCCCCUCGAGUUCUGCGCCUCCGGUGGAGGCGCCGUCCGGGGUUGUACCCUCAGUGGCGAGUUCGCCGGGAGUGUCCUCGCCCGAGGCGGCGGAGGGACCAAUGCCAAAUGCUGAUGACUCUGGAUCAGUGGCUAAGUUUGGGGUUGGAAGUAUUGUUUUGAGUGGGCUGGCUGUUUUGGUUGCCAUGGCUGUUUAA